AUGCCGGAUCCUGUGUGCUUCAAUGAAGAUAGAGGCUUUCUAACAUCCCCUGACCCGUAUUUGCCCUCAUCAACUGCACUGCCAUCUCUGCAGAUCCCCUCAGUUUGUAAGCGCUCUUACAACCUCCUUUUAUCCAAUCCGACGGCAUCACGUGGCUUUGGUUUACCCAGUGGGGAGCAAAUGAUUCGGUUGUACGUUUUCUCUGCCUUUUCCAGCCAUACUGCACUGUCUGAAGAGGCGGAAGAACAAGCCUCCACCGAGUCAUGGGAGUCUGCUCGGCAUCAAACCAACUUUAUUCCAUCCAAAGUCCAAGUUGGCUCACUUUCACCUGGGGCUGAUUCUCAAAACUUAGCAGCCGCAGGUAGCGAAGAGCUAAGAGAAGAUGUGUGCUUUGUAGAGACUGAGUCAUCUGUCCCUGAUGAGCGCUCUUCACGAGGCGGAUCAUAUCUUGCAGAAAAAGUAAGCAAGCCAUUGUCGUGUGCAGGACAGCCCAGAGUAGUACAAAAGCCUUUGGCUAUGCUUUGGUCGCCUAUACUCUACCGAAUAACAGCCAAUCGAGCUGCCGAUAGAGAUGGAUUAUAUGCAACCCCUGAUAUGAGCCCUACAUGGGCCACAGCUGGCUGCCGGCGGACAUCAAUAGGCGCCAACAGCACUGGUAACGGAGUUGUAACAAACGGAAGCAAAAGCUCAUCGGCGAUAACAGCCGAUUCUGUGGCACACGCUAAACGCUUACAAGCAGAUGAGUUUGCUGGCUACGAAACACAGUCUAGCCUGGUGAGUGCCUGA